UGGCCUGCGCCCGGGGUGGCCCCUAACGCGCAGCGCACGGCCAGACCCAGCCCUACAAAGAGGGCGCGCAGGGCGGUACAAGCGGGCACUGGACUCCCGGGGGCUUGCGUGGGGAUCCACCCACCGCAGGGCCGGGCCGCGGGCCACGCGCCACGCCCCCGGGGUCCGGAAGGCGCUGGAGCGGGCGCAGGGGUUCUGUGAACUUGGAACCUGGCGGCGCGAGGUUCUCGCCCGGGAAUGCGGCGGCGGCGGCAGUUGCUUCCUGGUUUGAAGCUCGCCGAGUGGGGGAGAGCGUGAGCCUUCGGAGGCGGGGGCAGGAGGAGAAGCAGGAGGAGGCGGGGGAAGAGACGCUUGGGGCUGGAGCUCACCGGACGGGUAGCUCCGGCUCUCCGGGGAGAGGAGCUGCCCGGCCCUGGAGAAGGGGCGAGUCCCGCGCGAGCCCCCGGGAAGCGCAGCGCGCUUGGAAGGGACGGUCGGGCCUCACCGGCCCGCUGAGGGCUCGGCGGCGGGCUCCCCUCCUUUCCACCUCGGGAGGGAGGGAAGGAGGGGAGGAAAAAGUCCCACGGAGGAGGCAGAAUGGCCAGUCGAGGGGCGCUUGGGCGCUGCCUUUCCCCAGGGCUGCCUCGACUCCUGCAGCUGCCCCGAGGGCUGGCCUGAGACGGGACUCCGCGUUCUCCCGCUGCGAACCAGCGCGGCCCCCCGGGGCCGGGGCAGCGGCGCCGGCAUGUCGUCUGGCACCAUGAAGUUCAAUGGCUAUUUGAGGGUCCGCAUCGGUGAGGCGGUGGGGCUACAGCCCACCCGCUGGUCCCUGCGUCACUCGCUCUUCAAGAAGGGCCACCAGCUGCUGGAUCCCUAUCUGACGGUGAGCGUGGACCAGGUGCGCGUGGGCCAGACCAGCACCAAGCAGAAGACCAACAAACCCACGUACAACGAGGAGUUUUGCGCUAACGUCACCGACGGCGGCCACCUGGAGUUGGCCGUCUUCCACGAGACGCCCCUGGGCUACGACCACUUCGUGGCCAACUGCACCCUGCAGUUCCAGGAGCUGCUGCGCACGACCGGCGCCUCGGACACCUUCGAGGGUUGGGUGGAUCUCGAGCCAGAAGGCAAAGUAUUCGUGGUAAUAACCCUUACAGGGAGUUUCACUGAAGCUACUCUCCAGAGAGACCGGAUCUUCAAACAUUUUACCAGGAAGCGCCAAAGGGCUAUGCGAAGGCGAGUCCACCAGAUCAAUGGACACAAGUUCAUGGCCACGUAUCUGAGGCAGCCCACCUACUGCUCUCACUGCAGGGAGUUUAUCUGGGGAGUGUUUGGGAAACAGGGUUAUCAGUGCCAAGUGUGCACCUGUGUCGUCCAUAAACGCUGCCAUCAUCUAAUUGUUACAGCCUGUACUUGCCAAAACAAUAUUAACAAAGUGGAUUCAAAGAUUGCAGAACAGAGGUUCGGGAUCAACAUCCCACACAAGUUCAGCAUCCACAACUACAAAGUGCCAACAUUCUGCGAUCACUGUGGCUCACUGCUCUGGGGAAUAAUGCGACAAGGACUUCAGUGUAAAAUAUGUAAAAUGAAUGUGCACAUUCGAUGUCAAGCGAACGUGGCCCCUAACUGUGGGGUAAAUGCGGUGGAGCUCGCCAAGACCCUGGCGGGGAUGGGUCUCCAACCCGGAAAUAUUUCUCCAACCUCGAAACUUGUUUCCAGAUCGACCCUAAGACGACAGGGAAAGGAGAGCAGCAAAGAAGGAAAUGGGAUUGGGGUUAAUUCUUCCAGCCGACUUGGUAUCGACAACUUUGAGUUCAUCCGAGUGUUGGGGAAGGGGAGUUUUGGGAAGGUGAUGCUUGCAAGAAUAAAAGAAACAGGAGACCUCUAUGCUGUGAAGGUGCUAAAGAAGGAUGUGAUUCUGCAGGAUGAUGAUGUGGAAUGUACCAUGACCGAGAAAAGGAUCCUAUCUCUGGCCCGCAAUCACCCCUUUCUCACUCAGUUGUUCUGCUGCUUUCAGACCCCUGAUCGUCUGUUUUUUGUGAUGGAGUUUGUGAAUGGGGGUGACUUGAUGUUCCACAUUCAGAAGUCUCGUCGUUUUGAUGAAGCACGAGCUCGCUUCUAUGCUGCAGAAAUCAUUUCGGCUCUCAUGUUCCUCCAUGAUAAAGGAAUCAUCUAUAGAGAUCUGAAACUGGACAACGUCCUGUUGGACCACGAGGGUCACUGUAAACUGGCAGACUUCGGAAUGUGCAAGGAGGGGAUUUGCAAUGGCGUCACCACGGCCACAUUCUGUGGCACGCCAGACUAUAUCGCUCCAGAGAUCCUCCAGGAAAUGCUGUACGGGCCUGCAGUAGACUGGUGGGCAAUGGGCGUGUUGCUCUAUGAGAUGCUCUGCGGUCACGCGCCCUUUGAGGCAGAGAACGAAGAUGACCUCUUUGAGGCCAUACUGAAUGACGAGGUGGUCUACCCUACCUGGCUCCAUGAAGAUGCCACAGGGAUCCUCAAAUCUUUCAUGACCAAGAACCCCACCAUGCGCUUGGGCAGCCUGACUCAGGGAGGUGAGCACGCCAUCUUGAGACAUCCGUUUUUUAAGGAAAUCGACUGGGCCCAGCUGAACCAUCGCCAACUGGAACCACCUUUCAGACCCAGAAUCAAAUCCCGAGAAGAUGUCAGUAAUUUUGACCCUGACUUCAUAAAGGAAGAGCCAGUUUUAACUCCAAUUGAUGAGGGACAUCUUCCAAUGAUUAACCAGGAUGAGUUUAGAAACUUUUCCUACGUGUCUUCAGAAUUGCAACCGUAGCCUUAUGGGGAGUGAGAAAGAGGGCACAAGAACCCGAAGGGAAUAGAGAUUUUCUAGGAAUUUCCUCUAUGGGACCUUCCCAGCAUCAGCCUUAGAACAAGAACCUUAUCUUCAGGGAGCAAGUGGAGAACUCUGUGAAGGAUGAAACUUUAAGAUAUCAACUAUUUCGAGUCCAGAGGGAGCCGUGGCAGUAGAAAUCGUUGAUACUGAAAUGAGAUUUUAUGAAGUAUACUGCUCCACCUAUGAGCGUCUGUGGCUAUGGGCUUGGGAUGUUAACAGGAGCCAAAAGGAGGGAAAGUGUGAAGGAUAAAGUAGAUCUGAGAAAUUCUGAGCCAAUCAGGCUUCUUAAUUCAAGACACAAACCAAGACUUUCUGUCAACUGUGCUGUGCUCUUCUUUAAGCCAAUGAACCCCAAUUCCUGGCAGUCUACAAGAAGUCUCUUAAUGCUAAUGAAGAAUUUAAAGGUCUUUUUAAGAAAAUGAAGGGCUUUCCAAAUAGAAUGAUUUACUCUGAAGAAAGAAAAAAUGGUAUUUCUGAAACUCAAAACCUAAAGCCCAAUCUUGAAAAUAUGUUGUGCACCAAGACAACUGCUUCAGCUUCUUCUCUUAUCCUUACUUUCUUUAAUAGAUAUUUAUUAAAGUGUCCAGUGAAAAGGUGCCACAAUACCCAGUAUUGUAAACAACAGGUUUGCAUUCAUUAAGCUUUCAUUCAUUCUGGAGUCUACUAAUUUACCUGAAUGGUGUUUGCAUUCUGUGAAAUGCCUCUCCACAUUGCAUAUGUCACACUUUUGUCUGCACAUAACUCGUUUUUCACAAGAAGGGUCACUGCCACAGCAGCACAGUCAGCGGGCGAAUUACAGGUGCCUGCUGCCUGCCUACCUGGGGAAUCUGAUCAUGUCUGUAUCACUGUGUGCUCAUCACUGAAGAAUUGCAGGCCACUCAUGUCAGUGACCAGAUUUAUGGCUUAUAAACAUUAGCAGUUUAUUUAUGUUUUAAGAUGCAAAGAUGUGUGUUUGAUAUUCACUUUAAUAAUUAGAAAUGGAUCUUGUAAACAGGGCAUAUAUCAAAGAUGACCUUAUAAUAUGUACCCGAAUAUACAGUUCAAGAAUUUUGUCUGACUGGAAAUAAAUGCAUUUUGUAGCAAAAGGCA